AUGCGCUGCUCAUUCGUCUCUGUUGUCGCUUUCUGCGCUCUCCUCGUUGCUGCUGCUCCUAUGCCAGCGCCAGAGCCCGUCGCUCGCGAGAUUGAACACGCCCCAUUCGUCGGCAUCCAGGAUGUCGCUCGCGCUGUACCUGCCCUCCAGCCAAAAGCUGUCGAGGCUGAAGUAGAGACGGAGGAGGCCCGUUCAUGCAGGAUGUACUCGUGCAUCUGGUUAGUAGCCAUCUGCUUUCUUUUGUUUUAUUGGUUGCCUAACAAAUGGUCUCAGAUGCCCCACACUGCCUGUUUAUUCUUCGUCGUUUGGCUGCGCCGUUGGUCGCGCUCGUGUAUCCCUAGCCUUCGCCUUCGUCUUCUUCGUGUCUAUAGAUCUAGACGACUUGUACCUCAUCUUGGAUUGUACCACUAUUGUACCAACACAACAAAAAUUACUUAA